CAUGUCAUAAUAAUCAUAGUAAAAUUGACUUGUAAUGAUAUAAUUUAACAAACAAAAUGGUAAAAACAGCGGAGUCCAGGGCCGCGUUAUGCAUUGCCCACAAUGUUUGGUAAUGUAAAGCAUGAUCCAACACGGCCUCAAGCACCUGCAUUCUCUUUCGGUGUAGUGACUCAAAGAAGAGCAAAGAUCAGCAGUCCGGGGCCAAAGUACGACACGAGGGACAUCAAUCAGCACGGAAAGAUCCGCAUCCCGCAGGCACCAGUGUUGGGAAGAUGGAGGGCUACAAAAAUUCCACGCACUCCAGCACCUAAGCAGUACAGCACCAAAUUGAUAGACCAUCAAUAUCCUUCUUAUUCUUUCGGUUUCAAAAGACAACCCUCCGGGAAGUCGAAGACCCCUGGGCCAAACAAAUACGCAGCGCCUUCGUGCAUGGGUCCAAAGAUCCCGGACAGGACAGCACAGCCGGCAUACUCUAUCCUUAGCCGGAACAUGGUCAAGCCCACACUGAAGGCUCCUGGACCCAAGUACAUGCUGCCUGCACCUAACGUCUACCUGAAGAACCCCCCUCGAGUUGCCCUGCUCGGGAAGCGAAAGGUGAAACACUCCACUGCUGUACCAGGGCCUAACAAAUACAAUCCAAAACCCACGUAUGAGAAAAGGGAAGCCCUGAAGGGGAUAACUUUUGGGGUUCAGCACUCGCCAGAGCAAUAUAUUGUUUACUUCCCUGAGGACAGAGAAGUGGACGCUUUUGUUUUCUGACACGGAUAUUAUACCAUACAGAACUAUUAAAAUGUUUUUCUAUCCAGUAUACAAAACAUCAAUAAUCAAAAUAUACAGUAGGGGCACUGCCUAACCUUAUCUGUGUUGUUUAAAGUCAUACGGCUACAUA